AGGCCUUCGAUAUUAAGAACCAUGGCUCACUUUAAUUGAUUGGAUACAAAAAUGUUUCUGCGGCGGGCGCUUCGUUUCUCCAUAAAGGCCGGGAUCAACAACCAUGGGCGUGGUCUCCGGGCCCUCACACAACUUGCUGGCCGACCGGGCAUAGUUGACGAGGAAACGUUCAGGUAUCCUAAACACUUAGGAAGUUACCGAGAUGAUUUACCAUUCGGGAUUAACGGCGACGGCGUAGAGAAGACGAACCUGGAGUCUUAUUCUCGCGACAUCCGUCCGAAAUUAGACCAGUUGCUUCUAAAGCACGGGGGUGUCAUUUUCAAGGGGCUACCAUUGGAUUCCAGUAUUGAGUUUUCCCGGUUCAUUCGGGCCCUUGGCUACGAUGGUAUGGAUUAUGUUGGUGGUGUGGCCUCGCGUUUGAAGAUUGCCGAAGGAGUCAUUGAAGCCAGUACGUACGAAGAACAUGAAGACACGAUGGAACCUCACUGCGAGAUGGCCUACUUCUCCGUAUUUCCUCAUCUCUUUUUCCUCUAUUGUGAAGUCGCCCCAUCAGCGGGUUGCGGGGGAGAAUGCGGGGUGACAGACCAGAGGGAAGUGCUCCUGAAACUGGACCCAGAGGUGGUGGAAAAGUUCAAGAAAAAGGGCGUACGGUACCAUCGCUGCUUGACGAAUAGAGACACCCCCAACCCUCUUCAUGGCUAUGGCUCUUGGCAGUCGUCCCUGAGAACCGACGAUCGCAAGGAAGCCGAGAGGAAACUGGCGGAAGCUGGUCAUCGCCCUGAUCAGUACCAUUGGAACGAGGAUGGCUCUCUGAGAUUUUGGACUACAUCCCAAGUGCUGGUACCACAUUACAAAACAGGCGAGAUGAUGUGGUUCAACCAGGUCGACAGCAUGAAUUGGACCUACUUUAAAAGCAAGACAGGCAAACUCUACGACCUGCUUAAGAAUGAAGACCCUGCCAUGUCUCCCUUCACAACAUACUACGGAGACGGCACAGACAUAGAACCCGAUGUUCUACAGCACAUCAGAGAAGUACAGUGGCGGUGUACCGUCGCCGAACAGCCGCAACAGGGAAAUGUCCUAGCGUUGGACAAUAUGAGAGUUGCACACAGCAAGUUUGGUUACAAGGGUCCGAGGACGAUGCGGGUUGCACUUGCGCGUUGGGCGGACAGCGAUUCGAAAUAGGACUCUGCGUCAAACAACAUGCCAGUGACUGUCGCGGAGAGGUGGUUGGUCGAGGGUGUGUCAAUAUCGACAGGUUGUGCCCGUAUAUAACUCAGUGUACAUGUAUAUUGCUGCUACUAUCGUAAUCUAUAGUUCAGUUUGUAGUAUUAUCCACUCCAGAAGAAUCUGCCGGCGGAAACAGAACAGUGUGGUCUUGUCGGAUCUCUUUCUCCGACAAAUCUGAACAUCAAAUCCUUUCGAUUAUAGUCAGGAAUAGAUCAGCGCAACUUUCCUUUUGUUUAAUGAUUGGCUGAUCGCCACCCCAUGUAUCACCAGAAACAAGGGAGUGUCGGAUCAGAUCUUCAAGAAACUACCAUAAACUGGUGUUUAGGUCGAAUGUUGAAGUUGGCCUACAUUAUGUAGGCCCACUUCAAGAUUCGAGUGAUGCAAUCCAUAACUUGGCAAAGGAAUGUUUGAUAAGGAGUUGACAUCUUAAUCGAGAUGAACCAGGAUUUAGACUAAAGUCCAAAUCACGCUAUUGUGAUUCCGGGCGCCUUCGAUUUAUAAGACAAUGGCAUAUUUUGAUACUAUUGGUAACGAUCCAAACGAUGUACGACAUGUACAUGUACAACGAUACACUCUGAGAGCAUGAUCAUGGUAGAAGAAGACGGGAAUUUUUAUGGCUUCGCGGCGUGACCGGGUGGACCAGAAUUUAGUCCGGUCUCUUGGUUCGUAAGACAAGUCCCGGGUAGGGGCAAACUAAUAUAUUUCCGUUCGUCGUAAUACAUGAAGCUGUAGUGUACAUACUGGAAGAUUGUAGCGAUUCAAUAAAAAUGACGAGAUUCAAGAAUUAACAA